GGGACUGGUCCCAUCGUGUGUCGUUUGCGAAUGCCGGCCGAGAAGCGACGCGGCGCAUCAGGGGCCACUCGGCAGCGAUGCGGCAUCUGGUGCGCCCCGUGCUGAGUUGGGUGGUGCGCUGCGCCUCACGUGAAACGCGCUCGCUGCCACCACUCACUGUGAACAAGACGCGCCAACUUCAAACGGGCCAAGCUGGACUCUGCGCAACCUCACGACAGCGCUCGCGACGGCACGCAGGCGACCGCGCGACAUGGCCGAGUCCGAUCAGGAUGCCGAGACCCGCGAGAGGAAGCGGGACAAGUUCAACGACUUUCUCCAGAAGAACCUCAACAAGGGCGAGCUCGCCCUCAAGCACGCCAUCGGGCUCGGCCACCAGCCCAACGUCGUGCCCGUGACGGAGCCGCUGCUCGACGGCCCGCCGCGGCCCGUCGAGGUCGGCUGGCACCCCGUGGGCGGCCUCGCGGGCAAGUGGUUCGCCGACGAGACGGGCCUCGGCAAGAUGAUCACCGACAAGAUCAACAAGUACCCGGACCCGACGCAGCACUGGGCCGUCCUCGUCGGCGAGUUUGCCCACCAGCUGUGGAUGGACGAGAGCUUCCACGUCAUUUACACCAACGAGAAGAUCAAGCGCGAAGAGUGGCGGACGUUUAGCGUUGGCGAGACGCGCUUCAACGACGAUGCCGUCCGGCAGGCCGGAGAGUCGGUGAUCCAGUCCAUCCGGGAGGAGAGGCCCGCGUACAACCUCAUCAGCAACAACUGCCAGACCUACGCGCUGCAGCUGCUCGACGCCAUCAAGGCCGGCGGCGACACGCAGUUCGGCACCACGCUCGCCGUCUACGAGCGGAUCAAGGGGCCCGGCAAGGUCAUGGACCUGUUCAACAAGCCGGCCGAGGGCGCCGAGGCGCUGCCGCCCAGCCAGGACACGGUCUCGCUGGCGCAGCAGGUCAUGGACGAGAACACGACGCAGCUGGAUCCGCAGGAGCAGAGGGACAAGCCGGACGACGAGGACAGCGAGAGGAGCGGGGAGGGGGGGGAGAAGAAGAAGCGCGGGCUCUUCUCGCGCAUCAUGAGACGUUGAGCGGGGUUGUGACGAGCAAGCCCUCAAUGUAUCGUCGCCGCGGCCUAUUACAUACUUGUCGUGGCGCACAAGGUGAAUACCUAGAACUAUGAGU